GCCGGGCCGGGCCUCCGGGCCUGUGCCGCCGCCGCGCCGACCAUGUCGGCGGCCAAGGAGAACCCGUGCAGGAAAUUCCAGGCCAACAUCUUCAACAAGAGCAAGUGUCAGAACUGCUUUAAGCCCCGCGAGUCGCAUCUCCUCAACGACGAGGACUUGACGCAGGCAAAACCUAUUUAUGGUGGCUGGCUGCUCCUGGCUCCAGAUGGGACCGACUUUGACAACCCAGUGCAUCGGUCUCGGAAAUGGCAGCGGCGGUUCUUCAUCCUCUACGAGCACGGCCUCUUGCGCUAUGCCCUGGACGAGAUGCCCACAACCCUGCCUCAGGGCACCAUCAACAUGAACCAGUGCACAGACGUGGUGGAUGGGGAGGGCCGGACAGGCCAGAAGUUCUCCCUGUGCAUUCUGACCCCUGAGAAGGAGCAUUUCAUCCGGGCAGAAACCAAGGAGAUCAUCAGUGGAUGGCUAGAGAUGCUCAUGGUCUAUCCCAGGACCAAUAAGCAAAACCAAAAGAAGAAGCGGAAGGUGGAGCCUCCCACACCACAGGUAGGCACAGUGGUGUCCCAUCAAUGGAGCUGGGAUGAAGUGAGAGCUCCCCAGGAGGUUAGAAGACUUCAGAACCCAGUUUCCACUGCUGCCAACCCCUGCACGGCUUCCCCUCCACGGUGGUGGGACAGGGAGCUUGGGGAGGGGUGUCAGGUGAACUGGCCAAGUGUGCUGUGCACAGCCUCCACACCCUGCAAAUGGGGAGGCCCAGGGAAGGCUGGGAUGCGUCCGGCACGGCAGUGUCGGCUGAAGGAGCUCCUCUGCAACUCAAGACCAAGCCCGCCUCAGGCUGUUGGGGGGACCCUGUCUCCCCCUCAGCAGCCUCGUGUCCUCUCUUGCAGGAGGUCCCAGGUCAUUGAGAAAUUUGAGGCCUUGGACAUUGAGAAGGCAGAGCACAUGGAGACUAACUCGUCAGCCGGGCCCUCACCAUCAGGUGACACUCGCCAGGGCCGUAGCGAGAAGAGGGCAUUUCCCAGGAAACGGGACCUCCCCAACGAAGCCCCCACAGCUCCUCUCACGGACACCUCGGCCUCCCCCCUGUCUCCACACCGAAGAGCCAAGUCACUGGACAGGAGGUCCACGGAGUCCUCCCUGACGCCCGACCUGCUGAAUUUCAAGAAAGGCUGGCUGACCAAGCAGUAUGAGGACGGCCAGUGGAAGAAACACUGGUUUGUCCUUGCUGAUCAAAGUCUGAGAUACUACAGGGAUUCGGCAGCUGAGGAGGCGGCUGACUUGGACGGGGAAAUUGACUUGUCUACGUGUUACGAUGUCACAGAGUAUCCAGUCCAGAGAAACUAUGGCUUUCAGAUACAUACGAAGGAGGGCGAAUUCACUCUUUCUGCUAUGACAUCUGGAAUCCGGCGGAAUUGGAUCCAGACCAUCAUGAAACACGUCCACCCAAGCUCUGCUCCAGACGUGACGAGCUCACUGCCAGAGGAAAAGAACCGGAGCAGCUCCUCCUUUGAGACCUGCCCGAGGCCAAGUGAGAAGCCAGAGGCGGAGCGUGGAGAGCCAGACCCCGAGCAGAAGAGGAGCCGGGCUCGGGAGCGGAGGCGGGAGGGCCGUUCUAAGACCUUUGACUGGGCUGAGUUCCGCCCCAUUCAGCAGGCCCUGGCUCAGGAGAGGGCCCGCGCCACGGGGGCUUCUGACGCCCACCCCGAGGCUGAGGCCGGCGAGCUGGAGCGGGAGCGUGCGCGGCGGCGGGAAGAGCGCCGUAAGCGCUUCGGGAUGCUCGAUGCCACGGAUGGGCCGGCCGCUGACGACACGGCCCUGCGGAUGGAGGUUGACCGCAGCCCAGGGCUGCCUGUGACUGCCGACCUCAAGACACAGAACGUCCACGUGGAGAUCGAGCAGCGGUGGCAUCAGGUGGAGACCACUCCUCUCCGGGAAGAAAAGCAAGUGCCCAUUGCCCCCCUGCACCUGUCCUCCUCCGAGGAUGGAAGUGACCGCCUCUCCGCUCACGAGCUGACCACUCUGCUGGAGAAGGAGUUGGAGCAGAGCCAGAAGGAGGCCUCGGACCUUCUGGAGCAGAACCGGCUCCUGCAGGACCAGCUGAGGGUGGCUCUGGGCCGGGAACAGAGCGCCCGGGAGGGCUACGUGCUCCAGACUGAAGUGGCCACUUCCCCAUCCGGUGCCUGGCAGAGGCUCCAUAGAGUCAACCAGGAUCUGCAAAGCGAGCUGGAGGCCCAGUGCCAGCGCCAGGAGCUGGUCACGCAGCAGAUCCAGUCCCUGAAGCGCAGCUACGGGGAGGCCAAGGACGCGAUCCGGCACCAUGAGGCCGAGAUCCGGAGCCUCCAGGCGAGGCUCAGCAAUGCCGCUGCCGAGCUCGCCAUCAAGGAGCAAGCGCUGGCCAAGCUCAAGGGUGACCUGAAGCUGGAGAAGGACAAGGUCCGUGAGCAGCUGGAGGAGUGGCAGCACAGCGAGGCCGCGCUGAGCGGUCAGCUGCAGGCCAGCGAGCAGAAGCUCAAGAGCGCCGAGGCCCUGCUGCUGGAGAAGACGCAGGAGCUGCGGGACCUGGAGAUGCAGCAGGCGCUACAGAGGGACCGGCAGAAGGAGGUACAGAGGCUGCAGGAGCGCAUUGCCGACCUCAGCCAGCAGCUCGGCGCCAGCGAGCAGGCCCAGAGGCUGAUGGAGGAGAAGCUGCAGAGGAACUACGAGCUGCUGCUGGAGAGCUGCGAGAAGGAGAAGCAGGUGCUGCUGCAGAACCUGAAGGAGGUGGAGGACAAGGCCAGCGCCUAUGAGGACCAGCUCCAGGACCACGAGCAGCAGAUGGAGGUCCUCCAGAAGGAGAAGUUGAGCGCCAAGUUCGAGGGCAGCGAAGUAGUACACCAGCUGGAGGAGCAGCUGGAGAUGAAGGAGGCCAGCAUCCAGAAGCUGGCUGAGCACGUCCAGAGCCUCAGAGACGAGCGGGACCUGAUCAGGCAGCGGUUCCAGGAGCUGAUGGAUCGUGUCGCCCUGUCUGACGGGGACGUUGCUGAGCUUCAGGAGAAGCUGAGGGGAAGGGAGGCCGACUACCAGAGCCUGGAGCACUCCUACAGGAGGGUGGCCGGCCAGCUCCAGAGCAUGCACACGCUGCUGAAGGAAAAGGAGGAAGAGCUGAAGCACAUCAAGGAGAUGCACGAGAAAGUUCUGGAGAAGAAAGAUCAAGACCUCAAUGAGGCUUUGGUUAAAAUGGUUGCCUUGGGGAGCAGCUUAGAGGAAACAGAAAUGAAGCUCCAGGCAAAGGAAGAGAUUUUAAGGAAAUUUGUAAAGGAGUCUUCAGAGGACGCGGAGGAGGAGCCACGGAGCGGCCCAGAAGAGGCGGAGGACGGCAGCGUGCCGUUGGGCCCGCAGCUCCAAGCUGCCGGCACACCCCCGGCCUUCCCACAUCCCAGGCUCGAGGAUGAGGUCCCGGGGGCGGCCCUGGGGGAAGCGCAAGGCGACAGCAGCCCCAAGAGAGAAGAGAGUGUGGGCUCUCUGAGGUCGGACGUGCCGGACAGGGAGGGGCACCUUCAGAGCACGGCCAAACCGGACCAGGGAGUCCCUGGUGUCAAAAGGCAAAGAAUCCGGUUCUCCACGAUUCAGUGCCAAAAAUACUCGCACCCCGAUGGGUGCGAGAAGACCUGGACCAGCAGCACAUCCUCCGACACCAGCCAGGACCGGUCGCCCUCGGAGGAGAGCAUGUCGUCAGAGGCCACCCCCAGCUCUCUCCCUGCGACCAGCGACUCCGACACCUAUCUCUCCAUAAUCCACUCCCUGGAGACGAAGCUCUACAUCACGGAGGAGAAGCUCAAAGACGUGACGGUGAAGCUGGAGAGCCAGCAGGGCCAGAGCCAGGAGGCCCUGCUAGCGCUGCACCAGCAGUGGGCCGGCACCGAGGCGCGGCUCCGCGAGCAGCUCCGCGCCAGCCUGCUUCAGGUCGGAGCGCUCGCCUCCCAGCUGGAGCAGGAGAGACAAGGGAGGGCGAAGAUCACCGAAAAGCACGUCGGGGAGCUCGGCGACUUCCAGGUGAAAAACAGUCAGGCUCUGGCUUGCUUGGAAAGCUGCCGAGAGCAGCUGUGCUCUCUGCAAGUGGCCGGCCCGGAGGAAGCGCAGGGCGCAGGCGCGGGCCCCCUGGCCAGCAUGGAGGGCGCUCUAGCCAGCACUGUUCAGGCCCUGCGCCACUGGCCCGCUCCCGCAGACGGCGCAGCCCGGCCUCAGCCAGAGGAAGCAUGUCUCGUGGAGCUUGGGAAGGCAAGCUUGCGGCCGCUGCACCGGCCCGAACUGACCGAGCAGGAGCAGCUGAAACUCCUCUCCGAUCAAAUAGCUCUGGAAGCCUCACUGAUAAACCAGAUAGCAGACUCUCUAAAAAACACAACAUCCGAUAUCUCGCGCGUUCUGCACGAGAUUUCUCAGUCGGGAAAGUUGCCCCUGGAAUCUGAAAGUGCUGCUCUCUGCCCCGGGGACCCAGCAGACACCUGGGCUAAGAAGGUGCUGGUGGAUGGCGAAUUCUGGAGCCAGGUUGAGUCCCUGAGUAAGCACCUGGGAACGCUGGGCGGAGAGGCAGCCGGCACAUCGGGAGGCGGGCAGCAGAGUGUCCCCGCGGCCUUGGUUCCUGCCCUGGCAGACGCCACGUGGGUCAGGGCAGAGCUCAGCUUCGCGCUGCAGUCGGCGAGGGAGUCCUUCCACCAAAGGCUGCAGAGCAUCCAGGAGACCCUCCGGGGGACCCAGCUGGCCCUGCGGCAGCACAAGCGUGUGCUGGGGGACAUCCUGGGAGCCUACCGAACCCCCGACUUCGAGAGAGUGAUGCAGCAGGUCUCAGAAGCCCUCAGGCUUCCCGCAGAUGUUGAAGACGGCGGCAUGCAGGCAUCCUGGGACCUGAGCCUGUUAGGAGAAGUGCUGAGUCAUCAGGAAGCAUCUGGCUCCCGGGAGCCCUUCUCCGUGUCCGUGUCCGACCAGAGCUCUGGGGCCCUUGUCGCUAUUCAGGAAGAACUCGCCCUGCAGCUUAAAGAUAAGGCCAGCCUCUUAGGGGAGAUAUCUGCCGCUUUAACCUCGCUUCCCCCUGUGGAGUCAGUGAGAGAUUGUCAGAAGCUUCUCCAGGCAUCCCAGAGCCUCUCCUAUGACACUUCCCUGGGAGGCCUCGGUCAGUAUUCUUCGUUAUUAGUUCAGGAUGCAAUUAUUCAGGCUCAGGUGUGUUACGCAGCCUGCAAAAUCCGGCUGGAGUACGAAAAGGAGCUCCGGUGCUACCAGGAGUCCUGGCAGGGCAGGGGAGCCUCCUGUCAGGAGCACGAGCGAGCCGUUGGGGCCCUGAGGGACGAGUACGAGCAGCUUCUCCGGAAGCAAAAGAGCGAGUACCUGGAAGUGAUUGCCAUCGUCGAGAGGGAAAACACCGAGCUCAAGGCCAAGGUCACCCAGCUGGACCAUCAGCAGAGGUGUCUGGAAGAAGUGGAGAGCGAGCACAGUGAGAACAUGUUCACCCUGCAAGGGAGGUACGAGGAAGAGAUCAGGUGUGUGGUGGAGCAGUUGAACAGAGCAGGGGACUCGCUGCAGGCCGAGCACAGCAGGGUCCUGAGCCAGCUGGAUGCCUCGGUCAGAGACCGGCAGGACAUGGAGCGGCACCACGUAGAGCAGAUGCAGAGCCUGGAGGACAAGUUCCAGCUCAAGAUCAAAGAGCUGCAGACUAUCCACGAGGAGGAGCUGAGGACCUUGCAGGAGCACUACUCACAGAGCUUGCAGUGCCUGCAGGAGGCCCUGCACCACUACCAGCGGCAGCUCCACGAAGCCCUGCCAGCUCCCGGCCCCCCGGGCAGCCCCCACCAGUCCACCUCCUCCAGCUGGCCCGCCAGCCAGCCCCGGGAUGCCCUGCAGGCUGCCAAGGGAGAGGCCGACUCCAUGACAGGGCUGAGAGAGCGCAUCCAGGAGCUGGAGGCCCAGAUGGACAUCAUGCGGGAGGAGCUGGAGCACAAGGACCUGGAGGGCAACGCGGCCACUCUGCGGGAGAAGUACCAGAAAGACUUUGAGAACCUUAAGGCCACGUGCGAGCGAGGGUUUGCAGCCAUGGAAGAAACGCACCAGAAGAAGAUUGAGGACCUGCAGAGACAGCACCAGCGGGAGCUGGAGAAGCUGCGAGAGGAGAAGGAUCGCCUCCUGGCCGAGGAGACGGCGGCCACUAUCUCAGGUGGGAGCUGGGCCGGGGCGGCCACUCUCACCCCGAGCGCAGGGCAGGCGGCAGGCUUCCUGAGCGGAGCGCCCAGCUCGGCAGCGAGCAGCCUUCAUGCUGCCUUUUAGCUGAGGCUUCGGCUU